CGGCCUGGUCGAGGAGAAAGACCUCAUCAAGCAUCUGUCUCCCACCACCCCCCCCGGCAACCCCUUCUUUCUUUUCCUACGAAGCACCAGCAUUGUCGUCAACCUGAGAAAUCGACCAUAGUCUCUUUAUUAUUGGAUACAAGUACAGUCACAACACUGCGAGGAACCGGGCAGCUGGACACAAGAUUGGACCACAUGUUGAUUAAGCAUAACACGGAAUACCUCUAUUCAUUUCUGCCGAAAGUGAAACCGGCCAGCUCUCUGCCUCCCACCUCACCCGAGCGAUUGGGACGUUCGCUACGAUAAUCACUUGGAUUUGGAGAGAAAGAACCGAUGGGAAACGCCUUUCUAGGCUUCCGCGAACCAACAGGAGGAGUCGGUCGAGGCAAGCCCGGGCGGCCCACUUCUCUCACACGGCGCCCCCCCGAUCCCGAGAGAAGGAGGAACAAGACCCUGUCAUUCCUCCAGCGGCUUGAGGUGGCAUCGCCAUUGCCAUUCGGCACAGCAGAUCAGAUCCCCCCAAACUGGCAACAGGCCCCCAGGCCCCAGCACAGCAGGUACCUCAAGCUUGUGCAGGCGGCGCAAAGCAAGCCUGCAGACACAGACCGCCGAUUUUAGCCAGCAGUCCAGAGCACUGUAGUUCUUCCACUUCCUAGGCUGACCUGCGCUCCACUUGGGGAUCCCGAUUCCAGCAGCUCUCCCCCAUUUCUAGGCUGCACCACGCUCCCUCCUCGGGACUUGCCUUUUCUGAGCAAGCUGCUUUAUUAAUUCGAAGCCUUGCCGUCCAUCCCUUACCUUAGGCAACACUUCUCAAGCAACUCCAUCAUCGCCAAUUUGGUAUCGCAUUCACACACGUAUCUGCUUGAGUUAUCCCCCAUAGAGUUGAGUGCAUAACCCGACUCGCUGUAUCCGCUUGUCACACCGGGACCGUCGCAACUACCGGGGACCCAUCGAUUAUCAUCACCUGCGUUGCUUGCCACUUGCUGCUGCCUCGUCGCUCGCACGAAUCAAACCAAGACCAUCAUCUUCCCAUCCGAGGUCAUGGCUCCUCAAUCCGAAAAGAGCCAAUUGAAACGAACUAGAGGUUCUCUGCCAGAAUCGGACCUGGAUGCGAAGAAACCCCGCCGCUCCGAGAGGUUGUCGCCCGAACCAAACGACAAGACUCCGGUUUCCAACAAGCACCAACUUCCCUCCCCCGUUACGAGGGGUGACUCAGACGAAAUCUACAAGGAGCCCACCGCAACGCCCCCGGAAGGACGACCUAGCCAGGUGAACCAUCGCGACAAGGACGAUGCAUCGCAAGCCGUGAAUAACAUCUCGUCGCCGCCGCAGGAUACGCAGGCCUUCUCGCAAUACCCUCAGGAGACGAAGGACGCCCUUUCGGAUGAGGUCCAGGAUGAGGUGAAGGAGGGCGUCUGGGGCUAUUUAUUCCCACUCGACACGAAAUAUGGCAAGGUCGUCGUCAUGAAGAAGAGAGCUGCUUGCCCGUUGCCAGAUACCGUCGGAGCGGCGAAAGACUUGACGGCCAAGGACCAUAAGGGGAAGUCGGCUCUGCAAAGGGAGGAGGAGGCUUACGAGCGUACAAAGGUGAAGGGGGUUGCCUCGGGCGGGUACUUGAUCGGACGUCACCCAGAGUGCGACAUCGUCGUGGACGACCCCAUUGUUUCAAAUCGGCAUUGCCUUAUCUUCUCCGAGAACAAGGGUGGCGACAACGUGGCCAUCGUAGAGGACCUGUCUAGCAACGGAACUUUCGUAAACGAGGCCAACGUAGGCCGGAACAAGCGAAGAGAGCUUCAGGAACAGGACGAAAUCGCCGUCAUUGACAAGGCCCGCUUCAUCUUCCGAUACCCGAAGACCCGGCAAUCCAGCGCCUUUCUGAACCAGUAUACGCUGCUGGAGAAGCUCGGAAAGGGCCAUUUCGCCGAAGUGUUUUUGUGUGUUGAAAAAUCCACCGGCCAAAGGUACGCCGUCAAGAUCUUCACCAAGACUGCCGGCAUGGACGAGAGGUCGAAGCAGGAGGGCCUACAGCAAGAAAUCGCAGUUCUCAUGGGCGUGAGCCACCCCAAUGUCCUCUGCUUAAAGGACACGUUCAAUGAGCGGAACGCUGUGUACUUGGUACUCGAGUUGGCGCCCGAAGGCGAGCUGUUUAACUUCAUUGUCAUGAAGCAGAAGCUGAGCGAGGAUGAAUCGCGCAAGCUGUUCAAGCAACUGUUCCAGGGCAUCAAGUAUCUGCACGACCGCAAUAUUGUACACCGUGAUAUCAAGCCCGAGAACAUUUUGAUGGUUGACAAGGAUCUCCACGUCAAGUUGGCCGAUUUCGGCUUGGCGAAGAUUAUCGGUGAGGAGUCUUUCACCACAACCUUAUGCGGUACGCCUAGCUAUGUGGCACCCGAGAUUUUGGCCGAGGGUAGGCACCGAAAGUACACCAAAGCGGUGGAUAUCUGGUCUCUUGGUGUGGUGCUAUACAUCUGCCUGUGUGGCUUCCCACCGUUCUCGGAUGAGCUGUACUCAAACGAUUUUCCUUUUACGUUGUCGCAACAAAUCAAGAACGGACGUUUCGACUAUCCUUCCCCGUAUUGGGAUUCCGUCGGAGACCCCGCUCUUGACUUGAUCGACUCCAUGCUGGUCGUCGACCCCGAACGUCGUUACACUGUUGAUCAGUGCCUCAACCACCCCUGGAUGACCCAGAACCAGCCAGGUGUCAAUGACAGCACCGAUGGCCUGGUCGGCGGCAUUCAAGGCUUAGAAGUUCACCGGCGAGGUAUUACUAGAGAGCGGACUUUACUGAGUUCGUUGAACUCGGUACAAGUCGCUACCAGGCCACCCGUUGGAGACAGCAAGCAGCCCGUCCACAUCUAUGCUAAGAACACAAAAAAGAUGGCGCCGAAGGAAGCUGAUCCCCACGGAGAACGGAACGUGAGCGAAUUCGUCGAAAUGGGUGGCAAGGGCGACCAGCCACUCUUUGGCACCGACGGCGAAAGUGUGUACUCCAAGGAGGAUAUCAGUGGCGGCAAGGACAAGAACGGCAAGAAGUAGAAGGCCGCAGACUGUGGCAUCAUUCGCGAGGUACGUGUCGGAUUCCACUGGGAGUCGGCUGGCGAUACCGAAAACGAAUAGCAAUACGAACAGGGAGCAUCGAGUACGGGGUGUGUCAGAGGAUGACACCCAGCAAUGGUUUGAAUUUAAGGGCUUCCUGAUCCCCGGUCUGGACACGCCCAGGUAAUGUGUAUUGGGCUUGCAGCAGGAACUUUUUUCAUUGGGUUUUCUGCUGGUGUUGUGAGCGCGGGAGAUGGAACUUUUGGUAACAUGCUGGACGGCCGCUAUAGACAUGCGGGCAUGGAUGGGCAAAAGUUAGGAGUUUGAUAUUGUCCUUGGUCGAAACGGGUCCAAUACAGACAGACAGUAAUAAUUACCACGUUUCCUGCU